AUGGCUUUCACUCCCGGUGGUGGUAGAGGAGGACGAGGUGGUGGCAGAGGCGGUGCCACUCCCAGAGGUGGAUCGCGUGGAGGAUUCGGCGGCGGUGGACGUGGUGGUGGACGUGGUGGCUUUGGAGGUGGUGCCCGUGGUACCCCCCGUGGCGGUGGCCGUGGAGGAGCCCGUGGAGGCCGUGGCGGUCCCCCCGGCCGUGGAGGACGCGGCGGCGGCCGCGGCGGAGCAGCAGGUGGAGCCCGUGGCGGUGCCAAAGUCAUUGUCGAGCCGCAUCGCCACGCCGGUGUCUUCGUUGCCCGUGCUAAGGAGGACAUGCUUGUGACCAAGAACCUGUCCCCCGGCGAGUCCGUGUACGGCGAGAAGCGCAUCUCCGUCGACACCCCGUCCACAAACGCCGACGAGGCCGCCACAAAGGUCGAGUACCGUGUGUGGAACCCGUUCCGCUCAAAGUUGGCGGCCGGUAUCCUCGGUGGUCUGGAUGACAUCUUCAUCAAGCCCGGCGCAAAGGUCUUGUAUCUCGGAGCGGCCUCGGGGACGUCGGUCUCCCACGUGGCUGAUAUCGUGGGACCCACCGGAAACGUGUUUGCCGUCGAGUUCUCGCACCGCUCGGGGCGUGACUUGAUUAACAUGGCAAAGAAGCGAACGAACGUUAUCCCCAUCAUUGAGGAUGCGCGCCACCCAAUGAAGUACAGGAUGCUUGUGGGUAUGGUCGACGUUGUGUUUGCCGAUGUUGCGCAGCCCGAUCAGGCCCGUAUCGUCGGAUUGAACUGCCACUUGUUCCUGAAGGAGAAGGGUGGUGUGCUUGUGUCGGUCAAGGCCAACUGUAUCGAUUCCACAGCGGCACCCGAGGCCGUAUUUGCGAGAGAAGUGCAGAAGAUGAGGGAGGAGAGGAUCAAGCCUUUGGAACAGCUUACUUUGGAGCCGUUCGAGAGAGACCACUGCAUGGUUGUCGGUCGUUACAUGCGUUCUCAGUCUUAA